CAUAACGAACUCUCAAAAAACAAAAUAAAAAAGAAAAAAGAAAAAAAAUGUCAAUGAGUCCACCAAGAGAGAGAAACAACGGCGCAAUGCCCAACGAGCUCUACUGGUGCUUCCAGUGCAACCGCAUGGUCCGUCCCGCACCCGAUAACCCCCUGGAAAUCACGUGCCCACGCUGCUUCGGGCAAUUCAUCAUGGAAUUAAACAUGCCCAGGCCAAGGCUCUUGGUGGAUUUCACCACACCCGAUCCCUCUCCAGAAGCGCGUUUGCUCGAAGCGCUUUCUCUCAUGCUCGACCCUCCCAUCCGACGCUGGGCCCACCCCGAUCCACAAGAGGUUCCCGUCCUUCGGACCAGGCGCCGUUCUCGACACCGCGGCUCCACCCGACCCGAAAGCUCCGAACCCGAACCCGGAAUCCAACACCGUCCCCGCACAUGGAUCAUUCUUCGUCCUUUGGAUCCUUCGGAGCCGUUCGUUCCCAUUAAUAAUAUUCCCCCGCGGGAGAGUCCACUCCCGCGCGGUGUGGACGCCAGGGACUACUACUUCGGGCCAGGGCUGAACGAACUCAUCGAGCAGUUGACGGAGAACGACCGCCCAGGACCCGCGCCGGCGCCGGAGAGAGCGAUAAACGCGAUUCCCACUGUGAAAAUCGAGACGACGCAUCUGAAAGAGAAUUCUCACUGUCCGGUGUGUCAGGAAGAGUUCGAAGUGGGUGGAGAAGCGAGGGAACUUGCAUGCAAGCAUAUAUAUCAUUCCAAUUGCAUUGUUCCGUGGCUGCGGCUUCACAAUUCUUGCCCUGUUUGCAGACACGAGAUUCCGGCGUCGUCGUCUUCUUGUUCGGAAGUGGAGGAGGAAGAGAAUGAAGGUAGGUUUAGACGUUGCUUGAGGAGGUGGACCCGCCUUGCUUCUCUUUGGCCUUUCCAUGCAAGGUAUCGACGGGUUCAUCCUCAACCAAGUGAUCAUGUUGCUGCCGCUUCUUCCAGGGAAGCUAAUCCAAGGCAGCGCUUUUGCUGCAUUCUUUAAGCUCUCCAAGGAUUCACAUCAAGCUUGAGGUUGAAGUGCUGGUUUGGAUUUUAACUUCUCUGUAAUCGCAGUAGACAGUACUUCAUGAUCGUGAG